ACGUCUCUUUGUAAAUGCGUAAAACGAAACUUAUAUCAACUGACGGUGACGGGGUCAUCAUCUCUGAAUUUGAUUAAAACGUCAGAAAGCUGAUAAAAUAAGAUCUUAUUUCUUAUUCUUGUUUCGAGCGUUUGAUGAAUAUUACAGUAAUUUCGGUCGGAACCGUUAUACGUGAAUUAUUUAUGCUACAGCACUGACGUCGGUAGUCUAACUAGUUUAAAAUAAUAGUAAAAAUGUUUCUCAAAAAUUGCCUCCGAACUUUCUCUGGCAAUCAAAUUAGAUUUUUAUUAAAUAAAAAUAGCAUAGUACCAAAAUAUAUUAAUUACAAAAGUUCUGCGUCAUUAUCAACAACGAAACUAGCAUUGGAUGAUCAAAAAGUCAAAGUUACCUUCGUAUUAAACGAUGGUCGGCGUUUGGAAAGCGAAGCGAAAGUAGGAGAUUCACUAUUAGAUGUGGUUGUGAAUAAUGAAUUAAAUAUAGAAGGCUUUGGCGCUUGUGAAGGCACAGUUACUUGCUCCACCUGUCAUGUUAUACUUAAACCUGAGGAUUUUAAAAAACUUCCCGAGGAAGCGAGCGACGAAGAAAGGGAUAUGUUGGACCUGGCAUUCGGUCUAUCGGAGACAUCACGACUAGGUUGUCAAAUAAUCCUGUCAAAAGAACAAGAUGGCUUAGAAGUGAGGGUACCAGAGACAAUUAAUGACGCGCGCGGAUGAUGUCCGCCAUUUUGUUUUGAGGGUAGUUAGGUUUAUGAAAUUGUAGUGAAAAUCUAUUUAGAUUAAUGUUUUAUUGUAUUUGCCUCAAAGAUAUAUAAAUGUUACGCCGUUAACAACUUUAGUGAUUUUUUUUUAAUAGAAAUGAAAUAGGAAACAAAGUUUUGGUGUAGAUUUUGUGUCUUGUUGAUUUUUUUUUAAUUUUAAAUGUAAGUAUAAAAAAGUGUAAUUUAUGAAGAAUACAAGAAAUAAAUUAUUAUUUUUUUUAAAUAAUUAAAGGUUUUUUUAUUUGGCACAUAAUAUUUUGAUUAUUAAGGAAAUGAGGCAGCGCUGUUACAGAUAUAGUAUGAAAAAUAUAUUUCUAUAUACUAUGUGAAAAUAUUUAGAACAAAUGUUAAUUUUAAGUUAAUGGUUU